GCAUUGGCAUAACUUAACCUCACCCUCGCGCUUGACUUUUGGACUUCUGUCUAUCUAUCUGAGUAUGCAAUGCAAUGGAAUGGCUAUGCCAAACUUUAAUGCCCCCUUUGACUCCCUCCUCCCCUCCUCAUCUUCUUCAUAUCUCCAAGUCAGCGUCCCAAAGCUUCUAUUUAUACACACCGCGACAACCCGCAAUUCCCCAUUUCUCACUACUCAACCAACACACUAAUUUAUUAAGCCUCCACUUCCAAAUGGGUCGCCCUCCUUGCUGUGACAAACAAGGCGUCAAGAAAGGCCCUUGGACUCCCGAAGAAGACAUUGUUUUAGUCUCUUACAUUCAAGAACAUGGCCCUGGCAAUUGGAGGGCUGUUCCUGCCAAUACUGGGUUGCUUCGAUGCAGUAAGAGUUGCAGGCUUCGAUGGACCAAUUACCUUCGCCCUGGGAUUAAGAGAGGUAAUUUCACUCAUCAUGAAGAGAAGAUGAUUAUCCAUCUUCAAGCUCUUCUUGGAAACAGAUGGGCCGCCAUAGCUUCCUACCUUCCACAAAGGACAGACAAUGACAUUAAAAACCACUGGAACACUUACCUCAAGAAGAAACUCAACAACAACAACCACCACCACCACCACCCAUCUCCUGCCACCGAUCUAUCUGCUGCCGGCGGAGGAGAUGCGAGAGGCCAGUGGGAGAGACGCCUCCAAACCGACAUCCAAAUGGCCAAACAAGCCCUCUCCGACGCCCUCUCGCCGGAAACCUCCAAACCACCGCCGCCGCCUCCGCCGCCGAAACCGGUGGAUCCCAAAACACCUCAUCACCAAAUUCCGACGUAUGCGUCCAGCGCUGAUAACAUAGCACGAUGGCUGAAGGAGUGGAACAAAAAUUCACCGGGGAAUAAUCGUCGGCGGUCGAGCUCACCGCCGGCCAUGGAGUCUGGAAACUUCGGCGGCGAGCAUGGCGGAGGAAUUAAAGAGGUGGGUUUAUCAGAAUCGAUUGAAUCAUUUCUGGGUUUUGAUUCUUUUGAGUCGUCGAAUUCGGAUUUGUCGCCGGAGACGAGCGUUUUUCAAGGGGAAAGUGAAACGGAUGAAAGUGAAGAAUUAUUGCCGAUGGAAUUGCUUGAGAAAUGGCUUCAUGAAGAUUCCAAAGAUUAUUACUUUAGUGAUAUAAUUGCAGAUGAAAAGUUAAAGUGUGAUCUUUUAUGAAAUUAGAUAUAAAUAUGGUCAUCUUUUUUCUUCAUUUUUUUUUUGUUUUGUUUUAGUAGUGAAUAGAGCAUAUUUUGGGUUGAUUUUUUAACCAAUUUAUCUUUGUAAUUGAAAGAGAUGUGUACCCUACAAAGAUUAGAGGGUUCCAACAAUAGGACUAAUUAAAUGAGUUUCUUUCUCCUUCCCUCC